AUGGACGCCUUUCAUCUGUCCUUGGCUGCGAUGCUGACCCAUGAAAUGGAUGCCACGUUUCGGCAUGAGUGGCGCAUCCUGCCACUGUUGAACCUGAUCCCCGACGAUGACACGGCCCGUGACGUCUUCAUCGUGCUGCACAUACCCCUCUGCUGGUGGAUUUUUGCCGCAUGCCAGGGAAGCAAGGCGGCCCGGUUUGUCUUCUGCGCAUUUGCAGUCAUCCACGUGGGACUCCACUACCUUCUCCGCCAUCAUCCCCUCUAUGAGUUCAACAACGCCACGUCCUGGUCCAUCAUCUUGCUGUCGGGCGCUGCCGGGCUUGUCCACAACUUGCUGAUGAUCCGGGCCCACUCCUUGAAGAGCACCCGGCGACGCUGA